GCUCAUGCAGACCUGUAACCCUGAUGAAGUUCAAACGGACUGAGUUUCCUAUGCUGGUGCAGAUUGAAGCAUUGCCUGAUGGUCGACAACACCUGAAGACUCUUAUAUUCCAGUUUUGGUUGUUGUUGUUCAUAUUUUUUUUUUCAGCCCCGCAGGCAACAUGUCGUUGUAAACAAAGAACGUUUAUUAAUAUGUAGAAUGACCACACGCAUCCAAAAAUGACGCCGUUUAGCAUGCAAGAUGAUUGUAAUACAGAAGGCGACUACGUCUGGCGACAAUGGAAACAGUCUCAGAAAGAACCCAUAUCCGACUACGCUAGUCGAUGCUUUACCAUCCCUCUUCCAGCACAAGGGUCGAAGCUUAUGGCAUGAAAAAGUUAAAGUAUAUUCUACUUCAUUGGUGACGCGGCGCGUCAAGCCUAUACGCUUACCUUGCCGCAGGUGAGCUAACUCCUAUCCUAUCCUAUUGGUGAAGCUUAAGCAAAAGUCGAAAAAGCUUAUCCACGUUUCUUUCGAAAUCCUGAUCUUCACUUUCUAAUCCCAGCCCCAUCGCACUCGACUUUCCACUCACGCAUGCACGACUGAGCGGCAUAUCGGAAUCGACGCCUCCAUCACGAAGUGUUUCUUCUAGUCACGGUCUGGUGGGGAUGUCUAGUUCUAAUCCUGGCGCACAUGGAGAAGAAAGAGUAUGUCUCGAGCUUCGAUUCGAAAACAGUGCUUUGCAGUGGAAACGCGACUUCGAAGAGGCCUUGAGUGAUGUAGUCUUCGCGCAGUUGCAAGAAGGAACGCGGGAAGAAAUGCGAGUGCAUAUGCUAAGACGGAAGCAGAGAAGCGAGGCUUAUAACGCAGAUUUGGCGAAAAACAAGAAAUUUGAUGGAGAGAAGAGGGAUGGGAAGUUAAGGCACAAUCAAUCAGGCAUGUAAUAAUUAUAAAGUGAAAGAAUGUCUUCUGACUGGAACAAGAUUUUUUGGCCAAGGCCAGGGGAUGAUAUUAUAUCCAACCUCAUAGAGUAUGGACGAUACUAGUAAAAAAUGGCUUCCUAGGCGUUGUUGUUCCUGUUUGCGCCACUAUCUCUGUUUCUGCAUCUAACGCGAGCAUCAAGUAGUGGAAGCCUGCUAUCAUUCAUAGACCGCGUCCUAUUCGGCACGACCGAUGUGCCUCAUGGUGCUAGAACUACAAAACCUAAGAAGAAAACUAACGCAGUUGACGACGAAGAUGGAGAGCAUGAUUUGAACAGGAAUUUGAUGAAUGAGAAUGAGGAGUCGGAGAAAUACGGAGAUAGUAGAAGUAGAGACGAGCAGUCUUCCAGUACUAAUGCCCAGACUUCGACGACACUGAAACGACGUGGAGGCGCGCCUCGUGGAGUAGCAAAUGUGGUAGAGCGCGUGGAAGAGCUGAAAAACGUAACUGAAGAGGAAGAAGAUGAGCGAAUUGACGCGGAACAGGAGUUCGAGACUUUCCUUGCGAGGCGACCGCCAGAAAAAGCUAGGGACAUUGUAAUUCAGGCUGUGCAGGAAGGCCAGGACCCACUAUUGCUCGAGACGGUGGUGCAGCUUUCGCUGUCGGUUGAUUAUGAAAUGGCAAAUGGCAAGGGAUUGAUUGGACUUUGUUCGGAGGAGGUAAGUUGUUAAUCGAUGAUAUAACCGAAGACUCUGAAGAUUUCUCGAUUUUAGUCUAACCCUAAACCCUUUUCCUCCUCUUCCCACAGCAUCUAAUCCGACGCCGCUCGAACCAUCGGACAGCAGGCCUUUCCGGACGUUUUUACGAAUUCUAGCGACACGUACAAGAUUGACCACACGCCAAUGCCCGGUUGGGUCUAUGCGAUGGUCUUGUUCGCAAUUUUACUACUCUUUUGGAUGGUGUUGGCAUUUAGCCAUGCUUUUAGGGGACAUUGAACUACAACUACUAUUAUUUAGCCAUCACGCUUUUAGGGGACAUUGAAAAACUUGUUGCAUAACUCAUAUUACUAUAGACUCACGUUGUUUUGCGCUGCUCGUUUUUUUCUGGCACUUAUCUCACGCUUACCGGGUUUUUGACUUGAUAUUGUAGCGAUUAUUUUUCACUGAAACUAGUAGGGAGGGACGAGUACUACAACACCGAGAACAAAGAUGGAUUACCCCAUUUUCACGCAUGAAAACACGCACACUGAACUACCACUGAAACUCGCAUACCCGGCCAAACUUUCCUCAAGAAAAACGCACACGGCUUCCUGUCUUUGUCUCUUCCCACACUGACCGUGUAAAGAAAAGGAAAACUGUCUCUUUCCUGAAGGGAUGAAAUCAACG